CGCGCUCAUGUGACGCCGCCGCGGAGCCGCCGCCGCCGUUCCCGCUGCCGCCGCCGCCAUGGUGCCCUCACCCCUCGCCCUGCUCCUGGCGCUGGGCGCCGCCGCCACCGCCGCCCUGGCCGAGCCCCUCCGCUUCGUCGAUUGCGGUUCCGUAGACGGCAGCAUCCAAGAGGUGAACGUGAGCCCCUGCCCCACGCAGCCCUGCCAGCUCCACAAGGGGACAUCCUACAGCAUCAACGUCACUUUCGCCAGCAAGAUCGAGAGUCAGGGCAGCAAAGCGAGGGUGUACGGCGAGAUGCUCCACGUGGACAUACCCUUUCCCAUUCCCGAGCCUGAUGGAUGCAAGUCUGGGAUCCAGUGCCCCAUUCAGAAGGGCCAUUCCUACAGCUACCUGAAUAAACUCCCCGUGAAGAGCGAGUACCCCAGUAUUAAACUGAUUGUGAAGUGGGAGCUGGUGGAUGACCAGGACCAGAUGUUGUUCUGCUGGAAGAUACCAGUGCAGAUCACAAGCUGAGGAGCCCUGCUAUCAGCAGGGCUCGGGGAGGGGAAAAACAGAAGACAACACAGGCCAAAUUCUUUUAUAUAAUAAGCAUUUCUUACUGCUUCCUUCAGAGCUCUGCAGCCUCUGAACAGCCAGUACUGUGCUCCUGCAAGGUCAGCUGCGGGCAGAGGGUUCUUGCUCCAUUAGAGCCCUCUGGGGUGUUCUCUCAGCAGCUCAAGGGGGAGCAGUGUCUGCUGCAGGAGUGACUGAGCAUCGUCCUCCAGCUGCUCUGCGGAGGCGCUUUAGUUGUUUGAAAUGGAGCUGUCUGUCCUCCCAAAGGAACUUCUCUGCGAUGAACCUGGCUAGUGUCUGAGCUGCUACCUGGUAAUCCUUCAGUGCCUCUUCUAGAACGCCUGCUGCAUCCACCCUCCUGCGCUUCUCCUGCUCCGUUGUGACUGGGAUGCCCCUGGCACCUGCGUCUACCACCCAUGCAGCUGAAGGAGAGGGAGGGAGGCUUUCCUUGAGCCUGCUCUGUCCUGGGCCUCUGCUCGAGCGGGACUGCAGCUGGGAAAACUUCCUUUUUGUGGAUGCAAAGCCAAAUGGCGUUCGUCUCUGCAGGGAUGAUUCUUUCUCUAACCAAUGGUUUGCACUACUACUAACUUGGAGCUCCUGGGAGCUCCUGAACCUCUUUUUAUAACUUUCCUUUUAAUAAAGGCUAGACAAAAAUCUG